AAAAAGAAAAAUAUCUCGCUGAGAAUUAAAGUUUUUAAUUUAGUGUAUUAAACCUGUCUGACACAACAUCCGGUUUUAUACAAAAAUUUCUAUUAAAAACAAAACUGUAUCGAUUUCGCUGCCAAACAACAAACGAUUAACGAAUCGAUACAUUUAAACACCAUUAAAGUCGGAAUUACACAACAAGCGUACAAGAAAAACUAAUAUCAAAACUCUUCCAAUAUUCCUGAAACGGAAUUGGACACGCAAGUGAAUGUCAAGAACUGACCCAAAAUAAAAUAAUAUUUACGUCGUUCACAAACCAUUGUCCGGCAAUAGAAAACCUAAAUUAUUAAUCAUGUGUAUGUUUACACCCCAAUCACUUGGCAACAAACUAUAACAAGCUUUUUUUCGAGCAAAGCUCGUUCGAUUAAACGCAUUUCACAAAGCUUCCUCAAUAAUGUAUUAACUGAAACGCACAAAAUGCUCAAACUCGUCGCAUUCAUCCUGUAUUGCACAAAUUUGGCAAACGGGCAAACCACGCAAAACAUCAACGUUUUAUUUGUGAACGAGGAAGGCAAUUUAGUUGCGGAAAAAGCCGUCGAUGUUGCCACCAAUUACAUAAAGAAAAACAACAAGCUGGGGGUCAAUGCCGACCCUGUCAAGGUCGUGGGCAACAGGACUGAUGCCUCGGGACUCCUAGAUUCAUUGUGUAGCAGUUACAAUGAAAUGAUUGCAAACUCGAUGAACCCACAUUUGGUCCUCGACACAACCAUGACAGGACUCGCCUCAGAAACGGUAAAAUCGUUCACCGCAGCCUUGGGUUUGCCAACGAUAAGCGCGAGCUUUGGCCAGGAAGGCGAUUUGCGCCAGUGGCGCAAUAUCGACGAAAAUGAGAAGGAAUAUCUCGUGCAAAUUUCACCACCAGCUGACGUAAUCCCGGAAAUAAUCCGCUCCUUAGUCCUUAGCAAAAAUGUGACAAACGCUGCGAUCCUCUUCGAUGAUUCUUUCGUCAUGGACCACAAGUACAAGUCUCUGCUCCAAAACGUGGCCACGCGACACGUCAUUGCCCCGAUUAAAGAAGCUGACAAAAUCGGCGAUCAGUUGCGACAGCUCCGCAAACUCGACAUUGUCAAUUUCUUCAUUUUGGGCAGUUUUGAAAACAUCAAACGUGUCUUGGACGCUGCGGACAGUGUCGGUUUCUUCAACCGGAAGUUCUCCUGGCAUGCCAUCACACAAGACAAGGGCGAACUGAAAUGUAACUGCAGAAACGCAACGAUUACGUUGGCCAAGCCUUUGAUCGACGCCCAGUAUCAGGAUCGUCUCGGACUUAUCAAAACCUCUUAUCAGCUGAAUGCCGAACCGGAGAUCGCAGCUGCCUUCUACUUCGACCUAGCCCUUUACUCAUUCCUCGCAGUCAAGGAAAUGAUCGCUGAUGGUGUUUGGAAGCGAAACAACGCGACAAACUACAUAACUUGCGACGACUUUGACGGGAAAAACACCCCGAGGCGUGCGGGCCUUAACUUGAAAAAAUACUUCAGCAAGGAAGUUUCCGAAACCCCAACUUAUGGCCCCAUUAGCAUUGUUUCAAACGGUUACAGUUUCAUGGAGUUUACCAUGCAGAUAAGUGCGGUGGGAGUGCGCGAAAGCUCGUCGGAUAAGUCGGUACCUUUGGGCUCUUGGAAGGCGGGUUAUGAUAACAAUUUAACGCUUGUGGAUCCGCAAAUUAUGAAAAAUUAUACGGCCGAUGUGGUCUACCGUGUUGUCACGGUUGAGCAAAAACCGUUCAUUAUUAAGGACGAAACGGCCCCCAAAGGCUACAAGGGCUAUUGCAUUGAUCUAAUACAAAGAAUAAGUGAGAUAUUGAACUUUGAUUAUGAAAUUACUCCGGUUGGUGACCAGAAAUUCGGAAAUAUGGACGAGAAUGGCAAGUGGAAUGGCGUAGUUCGAGAAUUGAUGGAGAAAAGGGCUGAUAUUGGGCUCGGGUCAAUGUCAGUCAUGGCCGAAAGGGAAAACGUGAUUGAUUUCACGGUCCCGUAUUAUGAUCUGGUCGGAAUUACGAUUUUGAUGAAGCUGCCAAAGACUCCAACUUCGCUUUUCAAGUUCUUGACGGUGCUCGAGAACGAGGUUUGGUUGUGCAUUUUGGCGGCCUAUUUCUUCACCAGUUUUUUGAUGUGGGUCUUCGACCGGUGGAGCCCUUACAGCUACCAGAACAACCGCGAAAAGUACAAGGACGACGAGGAAAAGCGCGAAUUUAACCUGAAGGAAUGUUUGUGGUUUUGUAUGACAUCACUGACACCACAAGGCGGAGGCGAAGCGCCGAAAAAUUUAUCUGGUCGGUUGGUUGCAGCCACUUGGUGGCUCUUCGGUUUCAUUAUCAUUGCCUCAUACACUGCGAAUCUUGCGGCUUUCUUGACCGUUUCGCGCUUGGAUACUCCCAUCGAGUCCUUGGACGACUUAUCCAAACAGUACAAAAUUCAAUAUGCACCGCUUAACGGAUCGUCCACUAUGACUUACUUCGAACGAAUGGCAAACAUUGAGGCGAAGUUUUACGAGAUUUGGAAGGAUAUGAGCUUGAAUGAUAGCCUUUCGGAAGUGGAGAGGGCGAAAUUAGCAGUUUGGGAUUAUCCAGUCAGUGAUAAAUACACCAAGAUGUGGCAAGCUAUGAAGGAAGCUGGUUUACCAAACACUCUGGACGAAGCUGUGAAACGGGUGAAGGAUUCCCGGUCUUCAAGCGAAGGUUUUGCCUAUUUGGGUGAUGCCACUGAUAUCAGAUAUCUCGAAAUCACAAGUUGUGACCUGCAAAUGGUCGGCGAGGAAUUUUCCAGAAAACCGUACGCAAUCGCCGUUCAACAAGGAUCACCCUUGAAGGACCAAUUCAAUACGGCAAUUUUGCAAUUACUCAAUCGCCGCGAACUCGAACGACUGAAGGAGAAAUGGUGGAGCAAAAACCCGGAAGCCAAGAAAUGUGACAAACAAGAGGACCAGUCCGACGGAAUCAGCAUUCAGAACAUUGGGGGCGUUUUCAUUGUCAUUUUCGUAGGAAUUGGACUGGCUUGUAUCACACUAGCGUUUGAGUACUGGUGGUAUAAAUACAGGAAAGGCGGGAAAGUGGUGGACGUCCAAGCCAAACAUUCCGAUGUGGCGACGAAAAUUAACGACGGGUUUCAUGCAAAAAUAAACAAGUUGUAUCCACGAUCACGAUUUUAAGGGUUGUUAGACAAUUUAUUUAGCACGGGCUUGCAAUAUUGUUGUUUGCGCACAAGUGUGUUGAAAUAAAAUAACCUUUUCCAUUUU